AAAUAGGUUGAAAAUGCCCAAGAAAGGCAAGAAAGGAGGGACAGGGAAAGGAAAGAAAGGAAAAGGAAAGAAAGGAGGGAAGAAAGAUAAACCCGGUAAAGAUGAUAUCGCCGGGUUGGCAGCAGCCAAUGCAAGAAUUUGGGAGCACAGACUGGACAACAUUGAGAAGUCGCGCAAUGAAUACAGGGAUGCAGCCCGCUCACUGGCAUUGGCACAAAACAAUAUGCACACGCAUAUGCAUUUGACAGAACGAGACACUAUUGAUGUUGUUACAUAUCUAAAGAAACAAGAUUUGACAAAGGAAGAGAAGAUAAGUUCGCUGGAGCAUCAACUAAAUGAAGCAAAGCGCAUGGCCCGAGAUGAUCGGGAGAAACUGAUCACAGACUACGAGAGGCGUGUGAAGGAGUUAGAAGAGAGUCUUGGCAUGAGGAAUGCGGAUGUGCAGACCAUGCAAAAUGAGCUGAAGAUGGUCAAGGAGUUCAGGAGGAAAAGGGGCCAGAUGCAGAAAGACCUGGAUGAUAUCAGGGAUCAGAUGGUCGAGGAGCACAGAGUCCACAAGGGAGAUUUGCAAAAGAUGGAACAGAAGUUCUUUGAGGAGAGGAUCCGAAUGAAAGAAGAGUCGAAUGCGAGAAUUGAGCAGAUCACGAAGAACGCUCAUGAGGAGGCUAUCAGAAAUUUAGACGAGAACACUCGCUCUGUGUACAAGGAAAAUGUGCGUCUAUCAGAGGCACUUCAUCUGCAUAUGACGUCAGAGGACAAGCUGAAGAAGAAGGUGGAUAAUCUGGAGGGAGUCACUGGAGACUAUGCGGCCGAGAGGGAUCUGCAUGACGUGCUAGUGCAAGAGAAGAUAAUUGAAGCCAAGAGGCAGAAAAACCACAUCAAAAAGCUCUACGGCAAAAUCCAGACUCUGGAGGACUCUCUGACCCACAUCGUGUCUGAGUUCGAGGAGGAGAAGGCGAGAAUAUUGCACUCGGCAGAGGGGGAACUGCAGGACAGUCGGAUGGAAAUAGAGAGACUACGACGCGUGCUAGACCUUAAGACCAAGGAGAAUGUCAAGAUCAAAUUUCUGGCCAGAAACAUUCUAGACCAGCGAUCUGAGAUGGAGAGGUUCUUCCUGGACUCCUUGGAACAGGUGAGAGAGGAGAUAGCAGUGAACCAGCUCAUGUACAAGAAGGACGCCCAGAAGGCCUAUCAGCAGCGAAUGCUGGCAGCCCACGCUGGGAAGGCGGACUACCCCAAAGUGAGGAACUUUGCGGCCUCCAACCAGGAGACAUCUACCAACACUGUCUUCAAUGAUUUCGAAAUGGCUCAGGAUUGGUCCCACCUGGGACAGAACGUGGAUAUUGGGCAGUUAAGUUGGGAGCAGCGGGAGAAGGUGCUGAGACUGUUGUUUGCGAGGAUGAAUGGGUACAAGAUGCACAAGCAGAGGACCAAUCUAGCCCCACAGAGUAAACAACUGCCUGCAAUCAGUCCAAGCCAAGAAGCACAUGCCACUGAAGAUAACACAUUCAUAACACAACAAGCACUCGAAGAAAAUUCAGACCGGGCAGUUCAUUCAGCCGAACAGAAUGCAAGUGACCAAUCAAGAACAACGAAACUACCCGCCAUCACAGAUGCAGAACAACAUUCAAACUAUAUACCUGAACAAGUAGCUGCUAAUUGAUCAAAGAGCUCUAAAUUUACUCUGAUAUCAUUUUAUGCUUAGAUUUCUCUUUAAAAAGUCUUCUAUCAUCUAUUAACAGAUUUGAAGUUGUAUCUUCUCUGUAAAAUAUUGUAAAUACGGAAUGAUUCCGUUGUUAUGAAAUGUACAGUUGUAAAGUCUAUGGAAACAUAUUGUAUAUAUACUUGAGCCGUCAAACACAUCUUGAGUCCCUAUGAAUAAAAUAUUAUUUUCA